AUGCGUCCGAUUCCCAAUUCAACGGAUCUACAUCACAACUACCAACAUCGAAUCACAUUAAUUACACAACGUCAUCAACAACACAGUCCCUCCACACUAACAACAUCACCGUCGGACACCUACACAGAUACAUCAACUCCACACUCACUACCAUCUGUCACACCAUCAACAACAUACACUCUCUCACAAACCACUCACUCGCCAACUACAACUACUUCACUACCACUCACACUUUCAACAUCCAACACAACAUUCACAACACUACCACUGUCCUCUGUAGUGACAACCAAUGCGUCCGAUUCCCAAUUCAACGGAUCUACAUCACAACUACCAACAUCGAAUCACAUUAAUUACACAACGUCAUCAACAACACAGUCCUCCACACUAACACAUCACCUGACAACCAAUGCGUCCGAUUCCCAAUUCAACGGAUCUACAUCACAACUACCAACAUCGAAUCACAUUAAUUACACAACGUCAUCAACAACACAGUCCUCCACACUAACAACAUCACCGUCGGACACCUACACAGAUACAUCAACUCCACACUCACUACCAUCUGUCACACCAUCAACAACAUACACUCUCUCACAAACCACUCACUCGCCAACUACAACUACUUCACUACCACUCACACUUUCAACAUCCAACACAACAUUCACAACACUACCACUGUCCUCUGUAGUGACAACCAAUGCGUCCGAUUCCCAAUUCAACGGAUCUACAUCACAACUACCAACAUCGAAUCACAUUAAUUACACAACGUCAUCAACAACACAGUCCUCCACACUAACAACAUCACCGUCGGACACCUACACAGAUACAUCAACUCCACACUCACUACCAUCUGUCACACCAUCAACAACAUACACUCUCUCACAAACCACUCACUCGCCAACUACAACUACUUCACUACCACUCACACUUUCAACAUCCAACACAACAUUCACAACACUACCACUGUCCUCUGUAGUGACAACCAAUGCGUCCGAUUCCCAAUUCAACGGAUCUACAUCACAACUACCAACAUCGAAUCACAUUAAUUACACAACGUCAUCAACAACACAGUCCUCCACACUAACAACAUCACCGUCGGACACCUACACAGAUACAUCAACUCCACACUCACUACCAUCUGUCACACCAUCAACAACAUACACUCUCUCACAAACCACUCACUCGCCAACUACAACUACUUCACUACCACUCACACUUUCAACAUCCAACACAACAUUCACAACACUACCACUGUCCUCUGUAGUGACAACCAAUGCGUCCGAUUCCCAAUUCAACGGAUCUACAUCACAACUACCAACAUCGAAUCACAUUAAUUACACAACGUCAUCAACAACACAGUCCUCCACACUAACACCAUCACCGUCGGACACCUACACAGAUACAUCAACUCCACACUCACUACCAUCUGUCACACCAUCAACAACAUACACUCUCUCACAAACCACUCACUCGCCAACUACAACUACUUCACUACCACUCACACUUUCAACAUCCAACACAACAUUCACAACACUACCACUGUCCUCUGUAGUGACAACCAAUGCGUCCGAUUCCCAAUUCAACGGAUCUACAUCACAACUACCAACAUCGUCUCGCUCAUAUGACAUGAAAUCUUCAUCAUCUUUUUCCAUUCCGUCUUCUACUGUACCUGUUGAUGUUUCUUAUUCUGCUCUGUUGAAUCCUCUUAAUGCUGAAAUUUACACUGUUCAACAUAUCACGUCAGCUAAUAUUUCAGUUUUCAUGGAACCUUCCAUUUCAUAUCCAAUCACUUCAUUUUCGCAAUCCACCGUCAGUUCAUUGUCUAGUACUAUUCCAUAUAUUUCAUCUGUCCUAUCACAUAACUCCUCUUUUUUGGCCGUUACCUCAACUACUGUUCGUGAUCAAUCAUUUGCUUCUAGAGAAAUUUUACCUACUACUUCUACUCCUACUUCUGCUACUCAGUCAACAAUAACGGCACAACCACAGGCAAACACGUUAUCGACAACAACAACAACAACAACAACAACAACAAAAACAACAACACCAGCCUAUGAUGGAGUUCCUACAUAUAGUUUUGUUGAAUUUUCUCUGGCAACGAGACCAUCAACGGCAAUCGCACCGGUUAUGCUACCACUUGUUUCUACUAAAUUCAAUGUUAAAUCAAAUUUAUAUAAUCAAGUUAAUGAUACACCAGUUGAAUGGAUUGAAGAAUAUUCCAAUAUAAAUUCACCUGGUUAUACUAAUUUAAAAUCAAAAUAUUGUGAUUUAUUAAUAUACUACUUAAAACAAGGUGAUAACAAUGCAGCAGAUGGUGCAAGUUGUGAAAAAGUGACUUUUACACCAGUAACUAGUACUAGACCAGAUGGUACAAUAGUACGAAGUGUACAAGGUGAUACAAUGAUUAAUGUACCAACAACAACUGGAACACAACUAACAGGUAGUCAACUUUAUGGAUUAUUUAUAAAUGGAUAUAAUAAAACUAGUACAUCACCAUCAUCUAUUAAACUCAAUGCAUUAGAUGUUCAACGCACUUCAGGUACAGUUACAUGUUCACAAUUUACUAAUCCAUGUGGAGAACAUGCUACAUGUCGUGAUUCUCCUCCAGGUAUUACUUGUUUUUGUAAUUCUAUGUGGAAAGAUAUGAAUCCAAGUGAUCCUGGAAAACAAUGUGUUUUACAUCCAGCUGCAAUUGCAUUAAUCGUUUUAGCAUCAUUAUUAUUAUUGGCUGCAUUAAUCUUAUUACUUAUUUGUUUAUUACGUAGACGUCGUAGACGGAAUAGUUCCAUUUUAGCAUCAACAGAUUUAGUAACAUUGAAUAAAUUAAAAGAAACUAAAUCAUGGAAAACAAAAUUAAAUAAAAAUAAAAUUCAAUUUGAUGGAGAUCAGUCCAUUUCAAUGCCUCGUGCUUCAUUGAUAGAUAGCCCAAUAGCGUUAACAUCUAUUCCAGCGUCGCCAGUUCCACUAACAGGUUUACCAAUGCCACUUACUCCAGUAGGGAGUAACAUGAUUGACGGUCUUCCACAAAGAGUUGGAAGUGCAUUGCCUCUUACAGGAUCUGCACCCCCCUUGUCUGCGUUUAGAGGUAGUAUGCCAAUUAACGGUAUUCAACAAAUUCCAGCAUCGCCAGUUCCACUAACAGGUUUACCAAUGCCACUUACUCCAGUAGGGAGUAACAUGAUUGACGGUCUUCCACAAAGAGUUGGAAGUGCAUUGCCUCUUACAGGAUCUGCACCCCCCUUGUCUGCGUUUAGAGGUAGUAUGCCAAUUAACGGUAUUCAACAAAUUCCAGCAUCGCCAAUUCAACGAACAGGUUUACCAAUGCCACUUACCCCGAUAGGGAGUAACAUGAUUGAUGGUCGUCCACAAAUAGUUGGGUCGCCAGCUGGAUUGGUAGGGUCAACACUGCCUCUCACCUCAAUGGAUAAGAUGAUGCCUAGUGAUAUGUCAAGAUUGGCAACAGCAAUUCCUGCAUCUCAAAUGUUAUCAACAAACAUGCAAAUUCCUAAAUCUCCAGUUAUAACUAACAUGUUAACCAAUGCAUCAGGAAGUUUACCACAGAAUUCUAUGAUUCCAUCAAUAAUUCCACAGAAUAACAUAGCAACUAAUUCGAAUAUAUUCAAUUUUGACAAUUUAGAUAAAAGUUAA